AUGAUGCACAUGACUCUGUACUGGGGAAAAGACGUGACACUUCUAUUCGAUUCAUGGAAGACCGAUUCGUGGACGAGUUAUCUACUGAGUUUGUUCGCGUGUUUUUUGAUUGCUUCUUUCUAUCAGUAUCUGGAAAAUAUUCGGAUUCGGCUCAAGUUUUUCUCCGGUGGGAAUGGGCCAUCUCCGGUGCCGGAGAUUCAGACUCCUCUUCUGCGGUUGAAUAAGGUUUCUAGAAAUAAGGUUGCGGAAUCGGUUUUGUUUGGUGUGAAUUCUGCGAUUGGGUAUUUGCUGAUGUUGGCUAUAAUGUCGUUCAAUGGAGGGGUUUUUGUGGCUAUUGUUGUUGGUUUAACUCUUGGUUACUUCUUCUUUAGGAGUCAGGGUGAAGAAGAUGCUGCUGUUGUUGAUAAUUCUUGUGCAUGUGCUUAG